AUGCUUUACAUACAUCAAGAUCUCACACGGGGGAGAAGCCGUAUUCCUGUUUUGAGUGUGGGAAAUGUUUUUCAGUGA